CCAGGAGGGCUUCGGUACCUAUAAAACUAACCGCAUCCGACCACCAGUCAAGCAUUGAGCGAGCGACCGGGCAUCCAUACGGAAAGGAUCGUCACCGACUACGGAGGAGACAUCAACCAGCUGAAGGAUUUCGGAAUCGAGAGCGGCUUCACCAAUCAUCAUGCUUACCUUCCAAUUCAGCCAAGCGAUCGUUCUCUCCGCUGCAAUCUUCUUAGUCUGCGCUCAUCCCACUCGGCGGCAAGAGGUGAGACCGCUGUGCGUGGGAUGCGGCGACGAAUGUGAUAAAUGCGAGUUCGGUUUCACGAUAUCGGCUCUCUGCGGUAUCCCGGAAUGCCGACGGGGUCCCGGUCAGAUCUGUGGCGGACCAAGCGAAGCUUGGGGCGUGUGCGGCGACGGAUUGAUCUGCAAUUGCAACCGAUGCGCCGGCUGCAGCUUAGCCUCCCUCGAGUGCUUCACGAACCCUUGUCUACCCCAUCAGAGCCUGGAGUCGCGGGGCCAUCUCGAGCUUCUCGACAGAUACAGCCCCGUCGACAGAGUCGCCAAGUAAACCCAAGGACCCAACCCAGCCCGGAUGGACGAAAAAGGACGACGGAUGGAUGAGACGACGAAUGCGAGGAGCGAGUGUGAAACGAGAGCGAGAAAGAGAGAGCGAAAGAGAGAGAGAGAGAGAGAGAGAAACGCGGAUAUAUAUAUAUAUUAGAGAUCUUCCGAAUUAUUUAUUGCAUUUCAUGAUAUAAUCUCAUUAGGUAUCUGCGAUUGUGAUAUGUAACUCGUCGGAGCCCGUGGUCUCACCUCUCGAGAGCGGGGCGGCGGCACCCCUGUCCAUGUUUAAUGGCAUUUUCUGUGAUUCCUUAAUUACUGUGUUAGCCUAUCUUGUACACGCACACGCCUCAAUGAAACGCGCGUUCGCGCGUUCGCGAGCGUGCGUCGCCGGCUCUAGCUUGAUCUCGUGAGAUACUCGAUGAAUCAUCAUGCAUGAUUUUUGGCUGUGAAUCGCAUCUCUCGCCGAAUGCGCGCGCGAGGCGAUAACUGGAUCCAUGAUGUCCUCAACGCGAAUUCACCGCAGGUUUUCCGCCGAGAAUCGAGAUCGAAAUUGGAAAAAAAUCAAAGAUAAAGCGAAAGAAGAGGAUAUAAAGCUACUUUCAAUCACUUAACAUCGUCAGUUUCAAUUUUGCCACAGUUUAUCGAUAAUUAACAUAAAUAUUACUCUUAUUUUAUAUUUAUCUUAAUAUUUAUUUUAUCAAUGUCUUUUUAAAAUGCCUGCAGUCUCCCGAUAAAACGCACUUGUUUACAUAUUAGAAUGUAUCACUAAAUUGGCUUCUAACUCUUUAAUGACAUAAUUACUAAUGUUUAUUAAUAACGCAGAAAAUGUCUUCGUCACGUCGUUUUAUCGAGAUUUUUUAUGCUAACUAGAUAUCAAUGGGUCUCUUAAAAACAACGAGUACAUUUUAUGUAGUUCUCAGUAUUCUCUUGCGGAUACCGGCCGUGAAUGUUUGGCGAGCACGACUAUGUAACAGACAACAGAAUAAAAUUGGCUGCAUUCAUAU